AUGGAAGCAAGAAGCAGGGACGACCAUCUUGAUAUUACUCUUCCUCCGAGAUAUCGAGGUGUUCGGCAACGAAAAUGGGGGAAAUGGGUAUCCGAAAUCAGGGAGCCUGGUUCCAAAACAAGAAUUUGGCUCGGAAGUUAUGAGAUGCCUGAAAUGGCCGCGGCCGCUUAUGAUGUGGCAGCAUUGCACCUUAGGGGACGUGGGACACCACUAAAUUUUCCUGAAAUGGCAGAUAGCCUCCCCCGGCCAGUGAGCUCUAGAGCGGAGGACGUGCAAGUGGCAGCACGAGAAGCAGCUUUGCUGUUCAGGAGACCAAUACAAUGUUCUGAUGUAGUAAGUUGUGGUGAUGGUAGUACAGGUCCUGUUAGGGUUGGGCUGUCACCGAGCCAAAUUCAAGCUAUCAACGAGGCACCACUGGACUCACCACGAAUGUGGAUGGAGUUGGCUGGGGCUGUUUUGUUGGGAGAGCCUAUGGCCAUGGACGAUGGAGUUGGUGUCGAGUUUUUUAAACGGGAGGAAAUGCAAGUACAGGACUCCAUUUGGGAUUACUAG